UAUAACAAUUUAUAGAAUUUCUCUGAGAUUAGUAUACAUUUUUGUCUCGAGUCGAACAUGGGCGCUCAAAUAUUAGCUGUUGCCUUGGCUGCGAUGCUGGCUGCUGCACAUGGUCUGGGCAUAACAGUGCCCGGCACCAAAUGGUGUGGUCCCGGCAAUAUAGCUGAGAACUAUAAUGAUCUGGGCUCUGAUGUCGAGCUGGACAUGUGCUGCCGGUCGCAUGAUAAUUGUCGGCAAAAGAUAUCGCCUGGAACGAAACUUCACGGCCUAAGCAACGAUGACCUAUUCCCCAUUUUCUCCUGUGCCUGCGAGUCCAAUUUUCGGCAUUGCCUUAGCUCGCUGCACAACAUGGAAUCGGCUGCUUUGGGUCGUAUAUAUUUUAGUUCAAGAAAUGUGUGCUUUGCCUAUGGACCGCCAAUCAGAGCCUGUCAGGAACAGCAAUGGGAUCUAUUCAUGAAACGUUGCCUUAGCUACAGCGUGGAUGAAUCGCUACCUUCCCGCUGGCAGCUCUAUGAUUUGGCUUUCUACACACAUCCCAGCGUCGAGGAGAAUUAAGCAGCUCAAUUGAAUUCAGGCGAUAAGCAUUUUAUUUUUGCUUACAGACAGACUCGCUGUAUA